AUGAAAUCUGGUUAUGAAGACCAUCAAAGGACCAAAGAAAAACCCACAAGAAAAUUCUUCAAAAAAAACACUAAAAUAUCAGAAGAAAAUCUACAAGAAAUUUACCAGAAGAGCACUAAAGGACUAGAGAAAAAUCCACAAAAUGCCAAAAUAAAAGAAAUAUUUACAAGAAAUUUACCAGAAAAUCACCAAGGGAUUAGAGGAAAAUCUAUAAAAGAAUUCUUCAAAAAAAAUACUGAAAUACCAAAAGAAAAUUUACAAGAAGUUCACCAAAAGACUACUAAAAGGCCAAAGAAAAAUCCACAAGAGAAUUCUACAAAAAAACACUGA